CUUCCCAGCGAUACUCAGGGCGAUUCAGCAGGUGACGAUGUACGGUCCUGGCCCCCAAUACCCGGCCAGUGUCCAAGAGCGGGCGAGGCGGGGCGUCGACCAGUGGACGCGGUUCUGUCCUGGUCCUUCGGGGAAGGUAGCCCGGUGGACCAAUGAGAGCGUGACGUUUCUGAUGGAUACAUUCCCCGUUGCCUCUGACCGAAUGUGCGCGAUGCAACUGCUGCAGCUCCGUCAACUGGGCCGCCCUCGGGAUCCGGCCGAGGAGGCGUUGUCCUUUGAAAAACUCUUCUGGUACCCCACGCUGACCAUGACGAUUGAUUUUAAAGACUCGGAUUCCCUCCGGGGGUGUAGAGUGCUUGUACACCAGAGUCACUACCAAGAUGCUGCGUGGCGGGCGUGCAGAUCUCGAGGUGGUCGCGUUGAACGAGCAGGGGGAGCUGGUGGCGCUGGUGGUGGACGCGGCUCGGAAUUUUGCGCGACGGCCAAGCAUUGAAAAGCUUUCGACAUGCUGAGAAAUCCAUGUCUUGCGUGCAGUCAAGCCUUGAGUCUCGGGCUGGGCGUGCACUGCGAGAUGCCGAUCGGGGCCUGCGGAACUUGGCCGAGUCCAGCAAACGUGCCCACACCAUUCCCACUGAAACAACCUUGACAUCGGGCUUUUUUUUCUCUCCGAUGAUCAGCCGAUGUUUCCAUGUGUGAAUCUUUGCGAUCGCUUUCUCGUAACUCGUCGUGUGCCAGCAUCAUUGUUCUCAUGACUUCAGCUGUAUACAGUCUACGUAGUGCACAGUAACACCAUAUCAAGCAAAGUAAUCGGGCCGAACGGCUGCAUCCUCUCCACUGUAGUGAAUCACACCGGCUCCAACUGGCUGACCGGACAAAGAAUGUGCGGUGGGUCGUGGCGACGGGGUUGACCCAAGGCUGGUCUCAUCCCCCGAUACCUCCGACCUCAGUCUCUGGAUCGAGUCAGCGCCGCUGAGAAAUCACCCCAUUUCACCCAGCAAACAUUCCCCUCAGCUUCACCGGCCGACGUGGGGACACACGGAUGGGGUCCGUUGAGAAGAUGAGGGGAGAGGGGAAAUUAUCCUGUCUCCACGGGGUGCACCGUGCUCUGGGGGUAUAAGUUGUUGAGAGCCUUCCCUCGAGCUGUCUCCUCUUCAGAAUUUCCUCCCCUCGCUCGUCACAUCCAUCCUCUGCUCUCUCAUCAUGCCUUCGAGGGUCCCAACCAUCUUUGGCCUCACCGGCCGGGCGCUGCACGUGGCCCAGGUUGUGCUCAUCGGCGCCCCUGCCUUUAUCGUCUUUGGAUACAAUCAGGCUGGUCUUGGUCCCCUCGCCACGCUGCAGAGCUGGGUGCACCAGUUCCCUGACAUCGACACCGUCAACACCGAGGGUGCGGAGCGCAGCCACAACUCGACCAGCAAGGGCGCUGUCAUUGCGGCCUUUCAGAUCGGUGCUCUGAUCGGUGCCCUCUCGACGACUUUCUUCUCGGACCGCAUUGGCCGUCGCAAGACCAUCUUCCUCGGCGCCAUCCUCACCAUCAUCGGGCAGGUCCUGCAGGUGGCUUCGUUUGAUCUUGUUCAGUUUGUCAUUGGUCGUAUCAUUCUCGGUCUCGGUGUUGGCCAGUUCAGCGUCGCUGUCCCCGUCUGGCAGUCUGAAUCGUCCUCUGCCAAGAACCGUGGGCAGCACGUUAUCCUUGAUGGCAUGUUCAUGUGUCUGGGAUACGCUCUCUGCAACUGGAUCGACUUUGGCCUGAGCCGUGUGGAAGAGAGCAACACGCAAUGGCGCGUCCCGCUGGCCCUCUCACUCCUCCCCUCGCUCAUGAUCCUCACCUCCAUCUUCCUCUUCCCCGAAUCCCCGCGUUGGCUCGUCCAGGUCAACCGCAUCAAGCAGGCCGAGCACAGCCUCGCCAUCUUCAAGGGCGACGAAGCCACCGAAGAAGAGGUCCGCGCCGAAAUCGCCGGAAUCCACACCUCGCUCGAGAUGACCGCCCACUCCAAGGGCUCCCUCUCUGAAAUGUUCAAGAAAGACGACGAGGAGCGCCUCCUCUACCGCUUCACCCUCUGCGUCAUGCUGCAAUUCUUCCAGCAAAUGUGCGGAGGAAACCUCAUCUCCGUCUACGCCUCCACCAUCUUCGAGGAGAACCUGGGUCUCGGAUCCAGCCUCUCCAAGAUCCUCGCCUCGUGCGCCCUAACCUGGAAAUUCCUCUGCUGCUUCAUCUCCUUCUUCGCCAUUGACCGCCUCGGCCGCCGCAUCUGCUUCAUGGUCUCCGGCACCGGAAUGGCCUGCUGCAUGCUCGCCAUGGCCGUAACCUCCUCCUUUGGCGAAGACAACCGCGCUGCCUCGAUCGCCUCCGCAGCCUUCAUCUUCCUCUUCAACCUCUUCUACCCGAUUGGCUUCCUUGGCGGAAACUUCCUGUACACGACCGAGGUCGCCCCCGCGCGCCUGCGCAUGGCCAUGUCCGCCGUGUCAACGGCAAACCACUGGCUCUGGAACUUUGUCGUUGUGAUGGUCACACCCGUUGCACUGGACACGAUCGGGUACGGGUACUAUGUGAUGUACACGAUUCUGUCCGCGAUGAUCCCGAUUGGCGUUUACUUCUUCUACCCCGAGACGAUGAACCGCAAUCUCGAGCUGAUCAACCAGGUGUUCCGUGAUGCGAGCUCGCCGUGGGAGAUUGUUUCCAUGGCGAGGCACUUGCCGCAGGGCGAAGUUGGGGAGGCGCAGCUUGCUGCUAUCGCGAAGAAGGAUGGGACGGCUGUUGAGAUGAAGGAGGAGGCUUAGCUUCGAUGAUGUGAUGAUAGAUGUUGUUGGUUUGUUAGUCACGAUGUAUAGAAUUGCAUGCACCUAUUUUCGAAUUCAAUCAACGUUCAAGCUGGUUAACUGAUUUGCUACGCUUACAUCAUUGUCCGUAUACCUCGUACUGUAAACUUCGACGCUGAUGCUGAGUGUGUGGUGACCUCGCAUCGAGCCCCACAAAGCCGUCCUCGAAGCGAGCCCACCUCCUACUCAACGAGUCUGGAGUACCCCAAGUCCAAGUCCAUCUCGUCUCGAAUCCCCCAGACUCCAGGUUAGAAUGGAAUGGAACAGACUCUGAAUUCGUACAGCAGGUUUGGUAGGGUAGGAUCUGGAGCAUUCUCCUCCGGAAAUGCAGACGGAAACGUCACAUCGCGACAUUUUAUUUGACGUCAAGUGGCCAGACUCAUUCCGCCGGGUUUCGGAUGCGGUGUGGAGCAUCGCAGGUCCUAGGCCGCCGAUGUAUGUGCCGGACUAAACAUGUCCGGGGAAAUGCCGCAUACUGGGCUGUUCGAGGAGCUGAUUGGGGUUAGCAUUGGCGUUGAGUUGACGAUGCAUAGUAUCCGAGUAUCGACGAAGCACACCACACCGUCACACGGUCACUUAAAAGAAGGGGUCGACAACAUAACCGGGGUUUAGUAUGAAUCAGUGUCCAACCCAAUCAAACAAUCGGCAUGUCUUUCGGCCAAGUCGAAGGGGGUUUAUCC